AGCUAUCAUGUCAUCAAAAUUCUCAUGAUCAUAUCUGUGCCUCUUCGACUCAACCCUAACUUGGGGCUACUAAUCGAUGGCGACUUUUCUCCACUUCCUCGCUAGCUCGCGACCGAAUGAUUUACCAACCAACCACCUGUGGGUAUAGGCUGGCUAUCUAAGUCGUACAAGUCUCCAGCUGGUCAGCCUCCAUGCACGAGGACACUAAUGGUCAGCCAACCUGCUACUCGCCUCCUCAGUACUUUCUGCUCAGGUCGAAAUAACAUUUCUACCAUGCCAGCUGCCGUGAAACGCACACUCACAGCCGCUCUCAUCCGCCUUUCUUCCAUAUUAUCUGCCAGAAUGCCUUCGGACGCUUGCUACCCACCCGACGAUCUCAGCAACACCAACCACCCUCCGAUCACCCACAACCAGCUUUGUAUCUCGCUGCCGAAACCGACUCUCGCAACAACGGAGGCAAUAUCCUUGCACCAGAUGCGCCGCCAACGCAAGCAGGAGCAAGCUAUGAACUCGAGCCACCGACCUGGCAAGACUGCGAUGCGAUACCUCACAAAGAUCAGAUCAUUCUGCGCCAUUACAUUCACGAAGCCUGGAUCCCUUUGUGCCCCACCAUCUCAUAUCUUUCUGUCUGAUGCUUUGGAGACCAUCCACACUCUCAGUUCGUUGGUAGCGACAGACGCCGACGAUACUUUUGUCACCGCAGAUGAGCUCAUCCACGUCUCCAAUCUCCCACUCUUAGCAAGCGAGGCUUUCAGAGAAGAACUGUACGUUCGUGGUUACCUCGAACGACCCAAUCAGGACAAUCGUCUGCUCUGCCAACCAUGGUGUAUUGUCCGGCCACGGCUACUCCAGGUAUUCCACAACCGCCGGCCGAAACAGGUUGCAGCUGUCCCCGUUUCCUCUAGAAGCCCUCAACACCCGUCUCCACAGGCUAUUGGCAGGCGUGGAGGACUCACAGUUGCGGAGGCGCUCAAGGUUGGCAUACACCUUCUAUCUGCCAAUAUUGAGGGGGACCCUUGUACAUCAACUCCGACGAGACCAUCUCCUAGUAACCAGUCGAUCUGCUGGUCUUGCAAGUCGCCACAAACGGCCCCCGAUUCAUCUACAUCUCCUUUUGUCCAAGAAAGCCCUUUGUCGACUACCCAGUCUUGCGACUUCUGUGAAUCCUCUUACGUUUCGUCGCAUACCACACCUCCCUCGUCACCGGAGCUUGUGGUCCUCAAUUGCAAGGAGAAGAGUGUUCUGGGUACGAUAUCUGAAACAGCUCUGCGGUCCUUGGCGCCUCGCGUUGCGUUGAUGAAGGCGAAGCGUUCAUGUAUGGAUGUGGAUGCGAGGAGUUUUCAAAGACUGUGCUUGAAUGAUGAUUUUUGUUCGUUCUUGACGUUGCUUGAGGAUGCCACCUUACUCGAUGUGCCUCACACAGAAGGUCCGCGGCUGGCAGGAAACCCAUCGCAGCGCUUGGGUGCCUCCGAGGUGUUCUCCCGAGUCCCAGAUAUUAUUCAAGAGAGUACCCCGUUCACGUCGACCCCUACCUCCACUCGAUUGCCACUAGCGCUGGCGUUUGCGGCGCGGCGAUCCACACCCUGGAUCAAAUGUCAGACCCAAGGAUUCAGUGUCACAUUCGUAGGACACGACUCAGCCCUCAUUCUUGCUUCCGUGUUUCAAAUAUUGAAAGUUGAGUUGUGGGGGUGCAAGGAACCCUUGGAAGUGAAGAACUCCGAAGGUGGCGUAGUGUCAAUGACCACGAACAGCCUCGAGGCAGGUGUGACUGUCGGGACUCCCACUCAAUGUGAUGGUCUCACCGUUUCAUGGACUGGUGGGCAAGCACCAUUUGAGAUACUCUUGACUCCUUCUUUGUCAACGCUCCAGAAUAUAUCUGUACCAGCAUCAGCCUUCAGCAAUGGCAAAGGCUCGUAUUCAAUAUCGCCAUUGACGUUGGCGGCGGGAACACUAUUUCUACUCACUAUGUCUGACGCCACCGGAUUUGGUUCGGGCGGGACGACAAACCAACUAACUGUUGGGAAUCCUGUUGCAAAUAACAACUGCGACACUGAAGUUUUAUCACCUCCUUACACGUUUAAUUUGUCGCCACUCCAAAUCCUGCAAUGCAGUCAAUUUACCAUUUCCUAUACUGGUGCAAUUCUACCCGCUACUAUUGUGCAACUUAUUCCUGGUGGACAAUCAGUCGUAUUCAAUUCAGUGAAUAGCAACACUUUUACCUCGGUUGCGGAUGUUAACGUAGGGACGAACCUCAUAUUUUUUAUGACCGACUCUGCGGGUAGACAAGGUGGUGUCUCUGGGUUCGAGCAGGUCUUAUCGUCGAGCAAUACCUCGUGCCUCAACGCCAAUUCGCCGUCAUCCACUUCAAGCAUGUCGGCCACGGCCACGGCCACGACUUCGACUUCGACUUCGGCUUCAUCGACAUCUAAUCCAAGUAGCUCAACAAGCAGCAAUGUCGCUGUUAUCGCAGGCGCGGCAGUCGGCGGUGCGGCGGCCCUUGCUGCAUUAGUCCUACUCGGCAUGUUCUUGUCGCGGCGUAAACGAAGAGCGUCUCGCUCUCCGAGUCCGGAUAUCAUAUCUUCUCCAAAAAGCCGUCCACACCAACUGCAGCGUACGGAUCCCGAUUAUGAAGUCAACCCUCAUGGUGACAUUGCACCACAAUUCCCAUUCCCAUACAAGACAAACCCCAUCAACUACCAUACCCAACCCAUUCAACGCAGCCUGAGAACCCAAUCAGACAUGACAAGUUCGUCCGCCGGAACAUUCGCAGUUAGCGCCCCUCCCACACCAUUUAGUCACACACAACACUCGCGCCAGAGCUCUAACACGGACUUUCCUAUCUACGGAGACACUCGAAGUUCAACUACCAUGUCAUCCGCUUACAACCGUAUAGCUGCAAUGACUCAACCGACAUCACAAACCUACCCACUACCAUACCCUAUCAGCUACCUGUCUCCACCCAUCCAACCUGGAAGCCAAUCACCCCCUCCUAAUGCGUCCACUGGUAACUUCACAACCAGCGACCAUCCCACGUUGUUCAAUCAGUCACUGCAUUCACGCCAGAGCUCAAAUACAGAUUUUGCUGUGUACGGAGACGCUCGAAGUCCGGCUAUGUCAUCCGUUGACAGACGAAUGGCUGCCGUCGCUGAAACGACAUUAUUACCAUCACCAUGGCAGACAGAUCCUAUUAGCUACUCCGGUCCGCCCAUUCAACCCGGACCCCAAUCACCUCCUCCUAAUGCGUCUGCCGGCAAUUUCGCGGCUAGGGACGUUCCCGCACCCUUCAAUCAAACACAGCCCUCCGAGUCACACAAGAGCUUUAGCACAGACUUUGGAGACGCUCGAAGUUCAGAUAUGUCAUCUGUUGACAAGGAUAUGUCUGCAGGGGCUCGACCAGCAUCACCGUUACCACGAAAGACCGACCUUAUCUACCUUGCUCCGCCCAUUCAACACGGAUCCCAAUCAAUCUCUGCCCAAGCGCCUGCCGGCCAUGUCACAGUUAACGACCCUUCCACACUCUUCAAUCAGACACAAAAAUCACGCCAGAGCCCUAACACAGACAGCUUAGCUGUGUACGGAGCAUCUGGAAGUCAAUCUAUGGCAGCUACAACGGCGGUCGGUCAAACAGACUAUCAAACUCCUGCUCGAAUCCUUGUGCAUACCGAUGCUGAGGAUGUUGUGCCAGACAACAAUGGCGUAGUCGAACUUCCGCCGCAGUAUUCGGACUAUCGGGGAGUCCGUGCCUCGUAA